CAUGCUCAACCUUCUGAGGGAAAACCAAGCGGAGAAACUCGGACAGACGCCGCUUCUUCUCCAUAGCUGUAAGUAUCCAACAAUUUUUUGUUGAGAAGUUUGUGAAGUAUUAGUCUGAGGUUUUAAAGUCUUUCCUUCCAGACUUGUGUGUCGACUUGAGCAGCAUGUUCUAGAGGAAAACCCGGCGCCUUCUCUGUGGGACACAAGGACAUGCUGGUCUCACUCCGCCUGGCUCUGGUCACGUAUGUCCCCCUUCUGUGGUUUGUGAGGGAGAUCGGCGGGAUGCCCGACCCCGCUCGCAGGGACCUGCUGAUGCGGCAGGAGGCGUCCAGACAGACGGGAGGACUGCUGAUGCUCACGGCCGCCGAGCGGAGGCUGGACGCUCGCCUCCAUCUGUUGAAGGAGCAGGAGAUGGCUGCUGCGCUCUUCCCGCCCGCCCUCCACUUCUUCAGAGCCAAGCCGCUCAUCCGGCAGAGCGCCGUGUUCAAGCUGCUGCAGAAGAUGCCCAAAGGCGCAGCCCUCCACGUCCACGGAUCCGCUCUGGUUGGGGUCGAGUGGCUCAUUAGAAACGUCACCUACAGACCUCACUGUUACAUCUGUUUCACCUGGGACAACUCGGUCCGGUUCCUCUUCUCAGCCCGCCAGCCCUUCCCCCGGUGGGACUGCUUCUACUGGCAGCUGCUGGCGACGCUCAGGUCCAGAAUAGGAGACAACACGGGCUUUGAUAACAGUUUAAUCGAGCACCUCACGUUGAUCACUGAGGAUCCAGACGGGGAAUAUCCGAACCAGGAUGUGGUGUGGGAGAAGUUUGAGAAGGCCUUCAUCGCCGCGGCCGGACUCAUCACCCACGCUCCUGUGCUAAGGGACUACUUCUAUCAGGGCUUAAAGGAGCUUCACGACGACAACGUCAUGUAUGCAGAGCUGCGGAGCGGCUUGUCGAGGACGUACGAGCUGGAUGGAACCAUUCACGAUAAGAUCUGGUUUCUGAACAUGUUUCGAGAAGUUACCCGGAGAUUCAGCAAAGAUUAUCCGGAUUUCCUCGGCGCUCGUAUCAUCAUUUCAGUACACAGGGCUCUGAGUCUAUCUGAGGUGAAAGCAGCCGUACAGGAGGCCAUCCAGCUGAGGAAGGAUUUCCCCGACGUAGUUGCAGGAUUUGACAUGGUUGGCAGGGAGAACACUGGGAAGACUCUGUGGUUCUUCAGGGAGGCUCUUUCUCUGCCUAAAGAACUGGGGGAGGAGCUUCCGUACUUCUUCCAUGCAGGAGAGACAGACGAUGAAGGGACUGAAGUAGAUCAAAACAUUCUCGAUGCUAUUCUGUUCAACACCUCCCGCAUCGGUCAUGGCUACGCUUUGGCGCACCACCCUGUUGCCAAGGAGAUUUCCAGGAAGCGGAAUAUCGCCGUGGAGCUGUGUCCCAUCUCAAACCAGGUGCUGAAGCUGGUAUCGGACCUGAGGAACCACCCCGCGGCGGUGCUGAUGUCAGAGGGCCAUCCGAUGGUCAUCAGCUCGGACGAUCCGUCUCUGUUUGGCACCACCGGACUUUCAUACGACUUUUAUGAAGCCUUCGUGGGCAUCGGAGGACUGAAGGCAAACCUGGGUACUCUGAAAGAGCUGGCUGUGAACUCCAUCAGGUUCAGCUCCAUGCCGCCUCAUUUGAAGGACGCGGGUCUCGCCAUGUGGCAGAGCAAAUGGGACGACUUCGUGUCGGAUCAUUCGUGACGAGCAGACCCCAAAGAAUCCUGUUCAACUUGAAAGACGUUCGGAC